UCGUGAACUGACGUCAGCACAGAGCUCUGGCUUGCGGGACACUUGUGUGUGUCCGUCUCUCCAUGACUGUGAUCUGAAGACAUUGCGAACACAAACACACAAACUGUGUUUAGCUCCACGGCUCCUACAGCAGCAUCAUGGCGUCUGGAGGCCCUGUGAUAAACGGCGACAUCGCUCGCUCUCCCAGUCAGUCGGGCCCGCUGGAGGACACGCUGCUGCAGAUGAACAUCCUCAUCCAGGAGAACCGAGACCUGAAAGAGGCCCUGCGUCAGACCAACGUGAUGAUGAAGGAGCGCUUCGAGGGUCUCACCGUGUGGCGGGAGAAGCAGCGGGAGGAGCGGAACUUCCUGCAGACCAAGCUGGAGGAGGCUCAAGGCCGCAUCGAGGAGCUGACCCACGACAACCAGGAGCUGAGCAGGAGGCUGGAGGUGGUGGGGAGAGCAGGAGGAGGAGCUCCAGGAGGGAGUCAGGCAACAUCGUCCAAACAGAGUGCGGAGGUGGAGGCCCUGCGUGCCCAUGUUGCUCGCCUGCAGGCGGAGAAGAACGACCUGGUGGCCAUGAACUCUGAGCUGCAGCUGAAGGCGGACGAGGACUCGCAGGACGACUCCUUCAUCGAGAUCAUCAGGGUCUCGGAUGGAGGCGUUGAUGGCGUGAACAACGUGUGCGGCACAGAGCGAAGCACACGUCUGGACAUGAGCAUGACGGCGUCCCGGCUGGACAGCACCAAGGAGGAGACGGUGAGCCAGCUGCUGCAGCUGCUGAGGAACGAGACCCAGCGAGCCGAUCAGCUGAAGACAGAGCUGCAGGCUUCUACCGCCAGAGUUAUAGAGCUGAGGGAGAGGAAGAGUAUUGAAGACGAAUCCACACAGACAACACAGCCAGAAAUCACAGUGACCAAAGAGGAUUCUGGGAUGGAAGAGAAGACACCAUCUGAGGUGGAGAAUCUCAAGUCUCAGACUAUGACGCUGUUCAAAGAGCUGCAGCAUGCCCAGAGCAAGCUGGACGAAGCAGAAGGCAUGAAGAAGAACCUGCAGGACAGAUACCGGGAGGUGGAGCAGGACGUGGCGACUCUGAGGGCUCAGCUGGUGGAGAAACAGGUGGUUCAGUCGGAGAACGACCGGCUGAAGCUGCAGCUGGACAGCAUGCAGGCCCAGAGCCUGAUGGAGCAGAAGAAGGCCGGGGAGGAGAGAAACACAUUAGGCCAGCUGAAGGACGCCUAUACCAAACUGUUUGAAGACUACAAUGAGCUCAUAGAGGAGGAGAAGAAGAAGAAGAGAGAGUCUCAGCUCGUGAAGAAGGAUUUUGUGGACGAGCUGCAGGUUCGACUGACUGCAGCAGAAGAAGCUCUGGCAGUAAAACAGAGCAAGAUUGAUGACAUGAAGCAGGAGAUUUUCAUGAAGGAGUCGGAGCUGGAUACCAUAUCUGUGUUCCAGGCGCAGGCCGAGGUCUACUCCUCGGACUUCUACGCUGAGCGAGCUGCGAGGGAGAAACUCCACGAAGAGAGGGAGCGUCUGGCUGCCCAGCUGGAGUUUGUGAAGAAGCAGAACUCGCAGCUGCAGGAGGAGAUGGAGUCACUGGGCCGGCACUCACUGAACGAGAUGCAGAGGAGACAUGUGUCUGCGGGAGGAAAUCAACGUGGAGCCGGCCCAUCCCUGGUUGGAAGAGGUACGGACUGGCAGCAGGGGAACAUUCCCGAACACGCGUGUCCCAAGUGCAAUGAGAUCCUGCCAGACCUGGACUCCCUGCAGUGUCACAUCAUGGACUGCAUCAACUAGACCCCCCCGUCAUCAUCAGUAUCGAUGACAACAGCAGCAGCAUUAGCACCUUUAUCUGAGUCUUCCUCUGCUUUGACAUGUACCUCUUCUCUGGUCCCUGUGAUAGCUCUUCACAUGCCCUGUAAGAUCAGUAAUAUUCACUGUAGGAUAGGGACACUUACCGCAAUACAAGUCAAUGGUUCCCAAAGCUGUUUCAAGGGUUAUAGCACAGGAAAUUGUUUAAAAAAGCUGGCGUCUCAAGUUUGAAAAUGCUGAAAACAUUCAGAAUAGUACAUAAAUAAUACUGUGGGACUCGUCCUCUUGUAGGUUUUGUGUCUAUGCUGUUUGUUUGUUGCUAUGAAAACAAGCUGAAGGGGAAAUUCUUCGAGGCAUAAGAAAUCUGGAACAUCCAAACGGAAACUGUAUGAACCCUUUGACAAUAUUUAAGUGUGGUGUUACCUUCCGGCCGAGCACUCAUUAACGAAUCAACCAAAGCUGAGAAUUUAUAAUUUGUAUUUGUGUACCAAGUUGAUUGCUUAAGGCAAUUUCUUUAUUUAAAAAAUGUUUCUUUGUCAAAUUAUAAUUAAAUUCUUUCUUUCUUUUUUAGCCUGAGAAGGAGAUUUUGGGCUCAUAGCUGUUAUUUUUGGUGUUGGUGUAAAAAGGAGAAUUCGCCAUGUAGACAUUUUAUUAUGAGGAUAUAUUUUAUUCUGCCUCUGCAGAUGAUAUCUGGGAAUUAGAACACACUAUACCUAAUUUGUUAAUCAACCUAUGACUUUCAGCAGCAGCCUUUGUAUGAUACGUCCAGGAGGCCUCAACACCAUGUUGGUUCUGUGCUCUGUCCAUUAUAAAGGCUUGCUGAAUCUAUGUUGUAGUUCUGUGAAUAUAACAAAUAAAGUGAUUUCCAAAC